AUGCGGAGGGAGUUGCAGCGAGCGGCGGGCGCCCUGGCCAUCCCCCCCCUGAAGGCGGCCGAGGGCCCCAGGUUUCCCCUGGCGCUGGCUGCCGAGGGGCGCAGGCCCAAGGUCGCCCACGACGCGCCUAAUUUGGACAUCUUCCAAAUGGAGAUGGAAAUUGGCGGCGUCAGGAGCGAUCACGACGCGACUUCGGAGCGAUUCACGGCGGUGUCCGACACUUGCAGCGAGGCAUCGAACGAUACGAAUGUCUUGAACGUCUUGGAGGAUUUCAUGGGCCGAGAUAACGAAUUUGGAGGAAGUUUCGGCCUGGAACCUGCGAAGUCCACCGCAGCUGGGAGACUGUUCCGAAAUAAGUCCGGCCAUUUGCCCACAGCCCGGCCCGCAGUCGGUGGGGGCUUCAUGCCUACCAAACCCUUUGGAAAGCUGGGCAGGAGCCGGUCCAGCCACCAGCCAAAAGCUAGGUGUCAGGGAGAUCAAGAUCAGCUGAAGGUCGGCUUUGAGCCGCCAACUGGAAAGCUGCUGCAACGGAAGGAGUUGACAUUGCAGAGCUGGGCGGCGAAGUGCAGGGAAGCUUGCUUGCAGGAGCUGCCCAAGGGCCCGGGGUUUAAAUCCGCUCCUGUUCCGAUUUCAAGACAGUCUUCUUGCAAGGCAGCUGCUGCAUCUGAGGACCAUGGUUGCAGCCCUUUCAUUCCACCACAUGAGUACCUGUCGCUGAACAACGACCCUGAAAAGGUGGCAUUUGCAAAUCCGAGCACUGGCCGCCUGAAAGGACUGUCAUCACUUCGAAAGAGGAACAGGGUGCUUGCAGAGACGGGGUACUAUGAGGGGUACACGGAGAUGUGGCAGCAACCACAAAGGUUUUCCCCUGUGGCUGCACUCCCAGACCUGGAGUCCCAGUUCGAUUUUUGUGCUUAG